AAUAAAGAUAAUUCACAAUUAUUGGAGCAUCUAUUAAUUAACUGAUUUACAAAAAAGAGGUUAUAAGCAAAGAUUUAUUUAUUUAUUUAUACAAUCGAAUAUAUUUAGCGACAUAUACUAAUGAAAAUGAAUGUAUGCGUGUGAUCGACAGUCCAGUCCUAUAAUUCCGCGCCCCCGCGCCUUUAUGUAAUGGCGUCACAACUUUCGGGACCAAUGGCGGAUGGCGUCGGUUUUCAGUGUGCACGGAAGUUUGCCAGUGUCAUUUGUUACACGUUUUGUCGUAGACGCUUAUAAUUAACAUAAUUAGUGCUCUGCUCAGGUAAUCAUGUAUCUUAUAAGUUGUAGCGCGGAUAACUCUUUAUUAUAUGUCGAAAAUGAGGACAUGAUUUGCGAUUUAAAAACAGUAAAAAUUGGUGACAUUGUGUCGUUCACUUAUCAAAAGAAAAAGUACAAAGGAGAAGUUUUGAAAUGUUCCGAGGACAUAAAUAAAUUAAAAAACGCAGCCAAAAAAAUUCUGAAAAAUUCAGAAACAAAAAAAUCCAUCGAAAAGCCGAAAGAAAAACCUGUGGAGAAGUCUGAAUCGUCUCCCUCUGUCAUAGGAAAACGCCAGACAGUAAAGAAACGAAGCUAUUCGCCUGCAGACUAUGAAACAAAAACAACUAAUACACCAAAAAAUAUGAGGAGUACUAAAAAACCAAAAAUGGAUCCAAAACGUGUAGUUGUUGAGUCUUCUUCGUCUAAGGCAUCUUCUGAUGAUUUAUCAGUCGAUGAUAUCCCAGGAAAUGACAAAAAAUUGUCAAUAUCUCUUAAUUCUUCCAAUUCUUCUUUAUCAGAACUUACAAAAAGUGAUGAUAGAAAAGAUUCGAAUGGCAAAUCAAAUAUUCCCAAAGCAGAUGGUACUGACAAAGAAGUAGUAAAGAAUUCAGAAAAAAUUCUUGAAGAUAUGAGCAAUAAUACUCAUAAUAAUAAAGUAAACAACAAUAAGAGCAUCGCAACUGGAUCUGACACUGAUAAAAAUAAUUCUCCUAUCAUAAAAACUGAAAACUAUGCAUUGAGUGAUGAUAAUCAUUUCUUUGGGGUCGACUCUGAAGAUAUGGAGCAUUUAAAAAAUGGCAUUUAUGUCAAAUCAAAAAUUUUAGAUACGGCUUUGCGUACUUCAACUCAAGCAACGCACCUUGCGCGACAGCUACUCGAAGGAGUGAUAAAAAAUGAUAUUUUACUCCGUUGCACUUUAACUGGAAAACCAAUGAGAGGAAAAAAAGAUGACUCCAUGCUUUCUUUACAUGGCAAAGCAAAAAACGCAAUAAUUGAGUAUGCUAUGGAUUACGCAAAGGGAAUGAAAUGGAAUCCUGUUCAAGAAAAGCGAUAAAUUGAAAAAGCUAUGGGCCAAAAGCUAACGGAAUUAAGACUUCACAAAAAUAAAACAACCAAGUGAAAAGAGUUAGCUUUUUAAAAUUUAUUAUAAAAGUACUUUUUUUUUUAUUUAUAUACUGCAUAAACAAAAAACGUGCUAUUUAUGUUGAUUAAAGACAUUUUCAAAGUUGGAUAACAAUCAUAAAUUUUUAUUUUUUUGAGUAAGCCAUAGCUGAUUAAUAAAGUUGUAUACUAAGUAAAGUAUGUACAAUGUUAUAAACAUUUAAUAAUAGAAAUAGUUUGUCUUUAAAGACACAAUUAAUAGUAUAUUACACACCGAGGGAAGUAAAGUAAGAAAUGUCUCAGAUCACAUGUAAUUGUUGGCCGAGGCGAAGCCGAGGUCAACAAACAUGUGAUCUGAGGCUUUCUUAUUUACUUCCCGAGGAGUGUAUACUAUUUUUCUCCUCGACGGAGGCGGGAAGCGGCAACUUCGUUUUGCACAGCGGGACGAAAGUUGACGCUUUCCGCCCGGAGGUGAGAAAAAGAAUUUUAUCGUUUGUUUUUUGUAUACUUAGAACGUUUGCACCAAUGAUUUAUUUUACUUUCAAUAGUAUUAACAGAAAAUAAAACAAAAAACCAAAAAGUCAUUAUGGUAAAAAAUUAAGUUAAUAACUCAAGUAAUUAUUAUAAUUUUUUUUUUAUGCAAUAACGGAUGUGGUUAAUGUAAUAAUUUAUUAUAGAAUAUAUUAUAUAUGACUAAAGUCAUUAUGAUAAAAAAUAAGUUUAAAA